UGACGCGCGCGGGGCAGCCAGCCAGGGCGACGCGCUGAGGAGGAGGAGGAGGAGGAGGGAGAACUAGGGGCUGCGCUUUGCACAUGCCCAGAGGCGCGGGGCCUUCACCACGAGCCCUUUCGGAGGGGCGGCGACCUUGAGGGCCGGAUGGCGGGCGCGGGCCGAGCCCCUCCGCAGAGCCUGCGCCUGGAGAACGCCUCGCUGCUGUCGGAGGGGGCCCUGCAGGACGGGCACCGCCUCUGGAUCGGGAACCUCGACCCCAAGAUCACCGAAUAUCACCUUCUCAAACUCCUGCAGAAAUUCGGCAAAGUGAAGCAGUUUGACUUCCUCUUCCAUAAGUCGGGGGUCCUGGAGGGGCAGCCCAGGGGCUACUGCUUUGUGAACUUCGAGACCAAGCAGGAGGCAGAACAAGCCAUCCAUUGCCUCAACGGGAAGCUGGCGCUCUCCAAGAAGUUGGUGGUGCGGUGGGCUCACGCCCAGGUCAAGAGGUAUGACCAGAAUAAGAACGAGAAGACCCUUCCCAUCAGUCUGGAGCCGUCUUCCAGCACCGAGACCCCCCAGUCCAACCUGAGCGUCAGUACAAAAAUCAAAGCCAUCGAAACCAAGCUGAAAAUGAUGUCAGAGAAUCCCGACGCCGAGUUCCCGCCGGCAGCCCCCUACACAUACUUCAAGGCCCCCGAGAAAAAACGGACUGGCCCCUACUCCAGAGCGGCUUGGAAGUCCAAGAGAUGAUGAGCGGGUGCCGUCAGCACCGUCCUCUGGCACUCUCGGCUGAUGGAAGCCGGCUAGGAGGAACCGGGAUUGGCGCUGCCCUGUCUUGCCCUUGUGUGGGACUGCUGCUCCUUUGCACACACGGAAGUCAACGCUCUUCGGAGGAAACCGACUGUAACACAUCCAUAAAUCUGUAUAGAACUUCUCCCAACAAACUCGACUGGUUUAGUAUUAAAACCAGAUCCCCUCCCCCCCACCUCCCGUGUGGGUAGCUAGAUGCAGCCCCAAAGUCCAAGAUGUGUGUGUGUGUUUCAGUACGUUUUCACCACUUCAGUAUUUGUUUUGACCUGAAGAUAAGAAAGAGUUCUGAUGGUCUGUCCAGAAUAUUGUUUCUAUCCAGUAAAAAAAAAAAAAUGCU